CGGGGUCCAUGCAAAUCGGUGUCUCCUCCGAGGGGCCCGUAGUGAUAUACUGGAUUCGGAGGCAGUCCCGGCGGGGAACCAAGAGCUUCCAGUCCGUCCUCCGGCCCGCCUGUCCGUCCGGCCCGCCCCCUCACUGCCCCCGGACCCCGAGCCCCCUGCGGCCUGUCACCAGGAGGAUCUACAGACCCAUCGGCAGAGAGCGGCGAGGAAGAGGAGCGCCCUCCCCCCAGCUUGUGUGAACUCCCGCCCCGGAUACCCUGGACACAGACUAGGUUGGGCCAUGGGGAAAGGAAACAGCAAGCUGGCCCCGGAGGUGCUGGAGGACCUUGUGCAGAGCACGGAGUUCAGCGAACAGGAGCUGAAACAAUGGUACAAGGGCUUCCUGAAGGACUGUCCCAGUGGCAUCCUCAACCUGGAGGAGUUUCAGCAGCUCUACGUCAAGUUUUUCCCAUAUGGGGAUGCUUCUAAGUUUGCCCAGCAUGCCUUCCGCACCUUUGACAAGAACGGGGACGGGACCAUCGACUUCCGGGAGUUCAUCUGUGCUCUGUCCGUCACCUCUCGGGGCAGCUUUGAGCAGAAGCUCAACUGGGCUUUUGAGAUGUAUGACCUGGAUGGAGAUGGACGCAUCACCCGCCUGGAGAUGCUGGAGAUCAUCGAGGCUAUCUACAAGAUGGUAGGUACGGUCAUCAUGAUGCGCAUGAACCAGGAUGGGCUGACCCCUCAGCAGCGUGUGGACAAGAUCUUCACCAAGAUGGAUCAGGAUAAGGACGACCAGAUCACCCUGGAGGAGUUCAAGGAGGCUGCCAAGAGUGAUCCGUCCAUUGUGCUUCUGCUGCAAUGUGACAUGCAGAAGUAGGGGGGGCUGUUCUGGCCCUCCCCCUUCCCAGGGACUCUGGGGUUCUAACCCCUCUGUCCAGGGCAUCCCUGUGUCCUAGCCUGGGCUUCCCUCUCCCUGGGGUCUUAAACCCUCUGUCCAGGGCAUCCCUAUAUCCCACUCUGGGCCUUUUUGUUUCUGGGGUCCUAAUCCCUCUGUCCAGGGUAUCCCUCUGUCCCACCCUGGGCUUCCCUGUCCCUGGGGUCCUAAACCCUCUGUCCAAGGCAUCCCUUUAUCCUAACUUCCUCUACCUAGGUCCUCCCCUCCACCCUUUCCAGGGCACUAUUGGGUCCUAACCCCAUGCCCAGGGCAUUCCCCUCCUCAGAGCCACCCUGUUUCUAACUGUCCUGGCCCUGAACGUUCUUCUCCCCACAGUCUUCCAAUGUUCCACACUUUUUUACCCCAGGUUUCUCCCACCUCAGGGUCUCUCCACCUCCCCUCCCUGGAGCCUCUGCCUUCCCUCUCCCCAGGGAUUCCUAGGCCUUGGCUGUGGCGUACAGUACUCCUUCCAUGAGUCCCUUUCAAUCCAGGUUCUUCCAGAGGCCCAGCCCUCUUAGCCCUGGGCUCCUUCCUACUGUUACCUCUUCCCCCAACCUUACAGUUUUGCCCCUGGUUCCCCCUCCUUUCCUUUUGAACUUGCUGGCAGGGCUAGGGGCAGGCCUUGAGGAGGGGGAUAUUUCUAGCCUCAGAUCCAUCGCAUCCUGAUCCAAUACUCUAUUACUGGGUCCCUGGCCAGACUUUUUCCCAGGGAGAUGUCCCUGUUCCUGGUAAGGGAAUCCCCCCAAAAAACACUUUGGUAUAAUAUAAAGAGUCCUCGAUUCAGAGACAGGGGCCAGGAUUUAAGGCCUGACUCUACUCCUUCCUGGUUAUGUGACCCUGGGCAAAUCACUUUGUCACUCUGAUCCUCAGUUUCCCCAUCAGCAAAAUGAGGGGGUUGGACUAGAUGAUCCCUAAGGGACUUUAGCUUUCAAUCUUACCAGCUUAUGAAUCUUUUCUAGUGCUUCCUUCCCCAUAUUCCCAUGGGAAACCCCCCAAAUCCUAAACCAAAAGGACCCGCUCACUCCUGACUGAAUGCAUUGGAGGUGGGGAGAAGAUAAAGGGACCAACUGGGCCUAAACUGAACAUCUGUUCCCAUCUCGAUGACACUUCCCUUCCCCCAAGCAGGUCUCUGAUCUUUGUUCUAGGCCUUCAUUGGACUGGGCCUGGCCCUUCUAAAGGGCCUGAAUGCUGGCAAUGCUGGGAAGAGCAGUAGGUACAGGUUCCCACUUCUCCCCACAUUUUAUUUUAAACAUUGGCAGUUUUAUCCAAUAGCAAAUGACUCUGAAAGUCCAAAGCUCAAUUUCCCAGAUGGAGGUGACAUCCCUGGUCUUCCAGUUCUAGGUUCUAAUACUUCUCAAAGGCAGAGGCUUUGGCUUAGAUCUUCCUUAGGGGAGUUCUCUUUGGCUCUAACCCAAUGGGGUGGAUUAUUUAUUUAAAGGAAGAAGUGAGGGGAAGUACAGGGUCUUGUGGGGCUAUGGUAGGUAAAAACACAGUCCCAGCUGGAUCACGUGUAAGAGAGAUGACCUAUUCAUGCUUAUUUGAUGGCCAAGAAAGUCAAACCAUGGAUAGCUGGAGAUGUAGAAAUCAAGUUGGAGGUAAGAAAUCAGUGAGAUUCUUCCUCCACUUUGAGGAAAAAAGUGAAAACUGUAGGAAACUUAAAUAGAUCAAUUUCUCCUUUUUCUGAUCCAGAGCCCCUUUGUUCUUUUAAGUGAAAGUCUCUUGUGCAACACUUACUUAAAUCUGGUUGCCAGAUUAAGUUAAAAAGCUGAGGCUGCAUAGGGGCUGACAGUCCCCCCCCACCACCAUCACAGUGAAUUUGCUAGUCAGUGGGCUAGACCCUGGGCUGCUGCUGCUCAAUGAGAGCCACACAUCCUGGCUUCUUGAAGGCCCAUAGGAACACUACUCAAGCAAUUCAACAAAAGUCCUAGGAAAGACAAAAAAGACUGCAGUCCCUGCCCUCAAGGAGCUUUCAUUCCCUUGAGGACUCAGCAGGUGUUUGAUACUAGAAAUAAUGGCAAUUCAUGAAGGAGAGAGAUAGGCAA